CCAAGGCUGGCUAUCUCAGAGACAGCUAAGAGCCGCCCGCCGCUCCUCGCCCCGCACGCGGAAGCCCCCCGCCCCCCAAGGAUGCAUUACCUAGUGCCGCGGUCACGGUCACCGUCACAGGCACCCUCAACCCCGCCCCCGGCCUGUCCCCGGUCCCUCUCUCUCCCUCACCCGCACCUGUUUGCAAGCUCCCGGGGACCGCAGGUGCGGGCAACCGCGAAAUUCCACGCCCCGCGGAGACCCGCCAGCUCUGGGGAGGGGAAAGGGGCGCGCGAUCCCGUGGCGCUCCCAGGCAGGUAUCCCAGAUUGUGCCUUUUUAGCCAAAAAGUAUGGAGGUGAUUCAUGGCAGGCCCUACUGUUGCAGGGAGCUUGACAGAGCUGACAUUCUCUCAGACACUUUGUACUCUAAUGAACUACACACUCCUCUGCGAACAACCACUCGCCCAACUGCCUCAGAAGACAGGUAUCAGGAAUUAAGGAAGUCACACCAACAGUGUAAGCUUCCAUGGGGCGCUGAAAGGGAAUAUGGUGGGAUUAUACCGCUUUCGCUGCCUGAGGAACACAGGCCAAAAUAUGAAUCUUCUCGUGUCAUGGGCAAAGGACAUCAGCAUUAUGGAUUUGGUGGAGAAACCUGGCCAAGAAAACUUCCUAUUGAACAAUUCUAUUAUUUGACACGGAACAAAAAAAGUGACAUCUAUGGAAAUGAUUCCUUGUUGCCCAAACCAUCUAAUUCAACAUUAGACGAAAUCUGCUUACCAUAUCCAAUUGAACACCCCUACCAUACACACAUCUCUCGUGGAGCCAUGUUCCCGACCUUUACGUCACCUAAGGAGCUCUACAAUGGCAUUAAAGCCUGCACCCAACAGCCAUUUGCUCCCACAGUGCCAACCAAGACCUAUGAUUCAACAGUUUUGAAGACAAGAGGUAAUCCUUACAGAUAUGAACUGCUCGAUUUUCUCUCGGAUUCAAAGAAGAAAGCAUUGACGUGGCCAGGUCAGGGUGUGUAUUAUGAUUUUCCUAAAUGUGUUGAGAAAAAGCCAACAUUCUACCCAAAACCCUCCUAAACUUUUGCUCACACUUCAUUAAACUCAUGGGAUGCUCUUAAGUCCAUAAGAGAAGCCAACAUACGAAGAAAUCUUGAAAGGUCCCAUUGGCUCUCUUCAUACAAUCAUGAUUUCACAGGUCUGGGGCCCACAAACCCCCUUGAGCUGGAUGAUUACCAUGAAAAGGAAGUAGCAGAAUUAACUGGACAGACAGGAUUUGACCCACAGCCUCAAGAAAAAUUCCACCCUGUCUUAAAACCCUCCAGACCCUUGGAAGGGCGAAUCGCCCGGCUUACUCAGAACCGACGUCCUCUGGAGGCUAUUAUCCAACAAAGACCACGUUCCUGUCCAGAUUGUACCCCUAAUGUUUUGUGUACUUUUCAUACCUUUAUACCCAGUUCUACAGAAAUGAUGGCACUAAGUGAUAAUAUACCAGCUGGCAUGACCCAUAAAAACCAGGAUAUUGAAGAGAAGCUGAAGGAAGAACAAAGAUUACUAUCUACGACCCACCUCCAUCCUUCUUACUCAACAAAGGAUUUGACGAGUAUUUAUGACCUAAAAUCAUUUCCAAAAAUCACAGAUACUAAAAAGACAGAAGAUUUGUACUGGAGACAGCUGUCAUUAAAACCCCGACCUAUAUCUUACUGUAAAUCAAGUGAAUACAUUCCCUAUGAACAUUCUAAAUCUGCCUUACAUGAUCCAUAUAGUAUGUGUCAAAACCGGAUUAGCCUUACUAAACCUAGUAUUUUACAAAAUAAACCAGACAUGGAAGCAUUCAAUUUAGAACAUUAUUUAAGUAAACCAGAAGAACAGCUGGGCUUGAACAUGGAAAACAAUGAAGAAAUAAGACCUAUUCUGGUUGGAUUCCUAGAACUGGAGUGGGCCAAGCCUCAGACCAACCUGCUGGAUCAGAACUCUUUCUCAAAAACUGGUGCACGAAAACGUUUCUAUAAAUCAAUUCUAGAAGACCAUAAAGACCUCAGGGAUAAGUUGAAUUCAGGGAAACACCAAUUCUAUGGCCAUAAUUCCUAUUAUUUCUAUAAUUGAAGUAUUCCUCUUCCUUCAAAACCCAGCUUCUUGCAAGAAAAGAAAAAAAUAUUACAGAAUUUCCUUCAUUUUGCUGCAUGUUUCUAGAGUAAGCCAUAAUGACCUCAUUAAUGAGGUUUAUGUUUUCAGGAAUUUAAGUUAGGACCUAGAAGGGGAACCAGCAAAAGGUGAUGUUCUGACUUCUUGAAAAGUCUGAAUAAUUUGGCAAUAAAAUAUUACUACCAGAAAAAUGUAUACUCUAGUCUUAUCUUCAAAUUAUAAAGAAGUUUUCCAAAAUUUCAUGAAAAGCAAUGUGUUCAACAAAGUUUACAUCAUCAUUUUCCAGAAAGUACAAAUUUGAAAAAACUGAAAUGCUCAAGAAUUGAGAGAUGAUUCAAUCUGUUGUACCUUAAUAAAAUAAAUAUGUGAAUCCUGUCCUUUUAUGAAAAUGUUUGCACAAAAUAACAAGUAGAAAAAGACAAAACUCAAAUCCCUGGUUAACUGAGGAAUGGACAUCUCUACAAACCAUAUUACUGUAAUAAAGUCAAUAUAUGAACCUUGCUUAUGUAUGUAAGCAUGUGGACAAAAUAAGUCAAUGGAAAAGAUGAAACCCAAAAUGUUCUACAUGCAUACAAGUUGCAUGUUUCCUUCCCUUUCACAUUCUGAUAACUACUUUUUAUGCAGAUAAAAUUAUAUUAUUAUGAAGAUCU